AUGGUGAAAGCGGCGCCAAUCUCUGGUGCCAGGUCAAUGGCGGCGCGCCCUCUACCCCCUCUGAAUAAACUCCGCGUCAAAAAGCCGGAUAGGGAAGUAGUAAAUCCAUGUAUCUCAGUCAUGUCAUCAGUCCUGGGUUGCUGGGCAUCUUCAGGACAUGGCAUUGCAGGUUGCGCACAAGUAGAGCAACAGCUGAGAGCGUGUAUGGACGCACCUCCUGGCAAAGCACCGAAGAAGAACAACAUUAACUGGCACCUCUCGAGAAUGUAUCCUAAAAUCAAAGGACCGCACAAGAAAGGGAUCCACGAACACCACUAA